AUGUCUGCCCCUGCGCCUUCCACCCGGAGGUCUGUGUCAGGCUCACGCAGAAGGACAGCUGCCCCAGUCAGCAACAGAGAUCCCUAUGGCAACGCCUCUCUCAGCAGCAGCAGCACUAACUCUGGCUCCUGCAAGGGCAGUGAUUGCAGCCCCACCAAGGGGCGUAACAUGAAGGCAUACGCCUCAUGUACAGAUAACCAUGGCAUCCGCCCGCCUCCCCCAGAGCAGUACCUCACACCCCUGCAGCAGAAGGAGGUGUGUAUCAGACACCUGCGGGCCCGCCUCAAGGAGUCAGUCGACAGGCUGCAGGACAGGGACUCUGAGAUCGAUGCGUUGAAGACCCAGCUGUGUCGGAUGCAGGAGGACUGGGUUGAAGAGGAGUGUCACCGCGUGGAGGCCCAACUAGCUCUGAAAGAGGCGCACAGGGAGAUCCAGCAGCUCAAGGAAGUGGUGGACGUAGUGCGCACCAACCUCAGCUCCAGUGACUCCACCGACACCGGUAUCCAGAAAUACUUCCAGGACAUCAACGUCCAGAACCACAAGCUGGAGACCCUGCUGCUCAGCAUGGAGCUGGCUCAGAACGGGGUGGCCAAGGAGCAGGAGGCUGCUGCAGCAAGAGGAAGUCUGUGUGGGUCCUGUGACGGCUCCCCCGCCCGUUCUCUGACCCAUAGCUCUACCUACACCAAGCUAAGCGACCAUGCGCUGGGGGAUAAGAACGGGAAUGGCCUGUCAGGGGAGGAGAACCAUGACAGCGGCUUUGUGUGCUGUGGGGAGAGUCACAGUGCAGCCAGCAGUCACAGGGCAGACUUACUCCUGGAGGCAGCCUUCCUAUCUGAGGAGACAGCCUCACUGCUCAGCACCUACUCCCACCUGUCACCCUCCUCCACCUACGAGAAGCUGUGCACCGGGCAGGACAGGGUGGUGCCCCUGCGCUGUGCCAUGGGUGGGACGGGCAGCACCAACCACUCCUGUCUGUCCCACCACCACCUGUACCUGCACCACCUCAGGGAGCAGGCCGUCCAGACAGAGAGCUGCCCCAUCCCGGUGGGGUUGGGCUACGCCUCUGACCUGGACACCAUCGCCGAGCGCACCUUCCGCUCUCAGGCCUGCAGCCCCACCUCCACCUGGGUCUCAGACGAGGGAGACGACCUGGACUCGGUUACCAUGACGUCAGUCACCAUGACAACCCUCACAGCUACAACAGCUGAGCCCGCUCCUGGUACUCCUUUAGCUAGCUCUGCCUCUGUCUCCUGUGCAGUGGAUAUGGCCUCCCUAUCAGUGAAGGAGGAUGGGAAGAUGGUGGGAGAGUUGGAGAGGCAUAUAGAGGUAGUGGUGGAGGGCGCAGUGGGGAUGGUAGAGGUAGGCAAGCAGCAGGAGGAGGAGGAGGUGGGGUUGGUACAGUUGUGUAAGCAGGAGGAGGUAAAGGUGCUGGGGUUGGUGGGGGAGGGGAAGCAGAGGGAGGUCAGGGAGUUAGAUCUAUAUAAUCAGAGGGAGGAGGUUUUGGAGGUGAAGAAUCAGAGAGAGGUUGAGGAGGUGAGGUCAGUGGAGGUGGAGGAGCGGCCCCACACCUCCCAGCCCAGGAGCAGCUCGCUACAGAAGAUAGCUGGGGUGACAGUGGUGGAGGUUGAUGAUGAUGAUGAAGAGGCUGAGGUUCAGGGAGCAGUAGGGGGAGCAGAGGAGUCUACCUCUUCUGAGUCUGGACCUGCAGUGAAGAGCUACUGGAGCCGCCACUUCCUGGUGGACCUGCUGGCAGUGGCAGUGCCCGUGGUUCCCACGGUGGCAUGGCUGUGCCAGGGGGCACGGCGCGAUGGACUGCCAAUUUACCACUUCGGCUCACUGCUGCGUGGCUGCUGCACAGUGGCCCUCUCCUCCCUGCGCAGGGGCGGGGGAGUCAGGCACUACCCCGCGGGCACAGGUGGGGGAGCCAUGGGGGGCACAGAGAUCUGA